AUGCGUCCAGCUUCCCUCAAUACGGUGCGACGGUUUUCGAAUUGCCCACCUGCCUCAGGUCGGGCCGCCCACGGUACUACACCUAAACGUUCGAGACCAUUUAACGAUGAUGGUUCUUCAAUGUCUACUCAUUCUACACAAAAGAUCUAUGCGACAGCCACUUUCUUUAUGCACCAUAUUUACAAUGGUAUAAUGGUUUUACCACGUACCAUUGUACAGAAUGACUUUCUGUCUUGCGGUGAUGAUAUUUUAGAACAAUUAGUCCUUCAGGACCUUCCUAUUCUCAAAGUGGAUGCAUAUGUCCUACCCGCUUAUGGGCGGAAGUGCUUUCCCAGUAUCAUCGCCCACUUAACUUUUGACUGCCGUGAACUCCCAUUUUCCCUUUAUAUCAUGGGCCAUCGCCUGAAGAUGCCAGAUCAAAUAGGAGUGAUGAAUAUGAGUGAUGAAUAUGUAUUGCUGCUGGUGGCCAAUGGGCCACCAGCAGCAACAGCCUGGUUAAUCAGAACUUUAACACCAUCUUGCACUAUUCCUUUUGCUUACAUUAAGGUAGAUAUGGCUGAGCUUAUGGUACAUUUCUCGGAUCACGAAGCCACCGAAAAACAUCUAGUAGUCAGUUACUCCCUGUACGGCAAGUUUCCUAGUGAGUACCACAGCGGGCUGGAGCAAUUGGCGCCGUUGGUAGUCAAAAUGUAUCCUGAAUGGGUAAUGAGAAUUUAUCUGGACUUAUCGCUGAAGCAGCAGAGGGAGUGGGCCUGUAACCUCGCUUGUAACAACCAACACAUCGACUUGUGUGACACAAGUAACAUUUCAGGUGUAGGUGACGUACGGCAGUCUUCCGGUACCAGCUGGAGAUUCUGUGUAGUAGGUGACCCUCUAGUGGAGCGCUACAUCGUCAGGGAUGCAGACUCCCCCAUUCUUCAGCGGGAGGUGGAUGCCGUUGAUGACUGGAUCUCUUCAGGCAAGUGCUUCCACGUGAUGCGGGAUAACGCCCACCACGGGGUGAGCAUGGUAGCUGGCACCUGGGGAGGCUGUAACACAUGGCAAGCCAGUAAAGCGACUCCCAUCAGGGAUUCUAUGCUAAAAAAUUCCCGAGCCUGGAACCAGGAUCAGCCAGUACUGUGGGUGCUGCCCUCUGUAGCCAGGCCUCGCGGCUGGCGUGGGAUGAAGUCAUCUUCACUUCAUCAUCCCAUGCAAGAAGCAUCCGUCUCUCAACGAGUUAUCCUGACGUCGUGUCUGCACGUUUGAGCAUCCAGACACAGGUACAAGCAGGAUCCAGCCGAAAUUUGCCGAAUUUCUUCGAGAAUUGUGAGUGGCUUCACAGUGACCCCACGCUACAGUGUCCCAUGCUGUUUCUCAAGUCACGUGUUCAGCGUCCCUUGUAUGUUGCUGUUGUUGUUCAGCUCAGCACAGCCGUUUCAGCAAGCCAGAGGUGAGUCUUGUAGUGAUUUCUGCGUCCAGUGUGUUUCCCUGUGUUUGUGGGUGGGAGGAGGAGAGACCGCCAGAUGCUCCCCUGCCAUACACUCACCCACGCUCCUCGCCACCAGACUACCAUACACUCACCACUGCCCACUCCCUCUGCUGUGUUUUCUGCUGUUUUCCAUGUGAAUUCAUUGCCAGAGCUGUGUAUCCGAGUGCCCGAGGCCACUCGAAGCUACGUGGACCAGCAUACCACGUAGAUCACGACACCACGUGGAUCACGACGCCACGUGGGUGUGGGCGAUGUCACGUGGAUCUACCAGCCACGUGAGUUACCAGUUGUCCCAGGCCACAUGCUGUGGUCUGCUGCCCGCAUCACAUUGACGUCACCCACGAUGCUGCCCGACUUCAUGACGUCACGAUGUCUGCUGACGUCACCUUGAGAUGUCUGCUGACGUCACCUCGAGAUGUCUGCUGACGUCACCUCGAGAUGUCUGCUGACGUCACAGUGCUGCUGACUCACCUCGAGAUGUCUGCUGACGUCAGUGCUGCUGACGUCAUCACGCCUGACAUCACCUGAUGUCACAUCGAGUGUUUCUAGUAAUUAUUUUAAUAUUGUCGAGAAGAUUGAGAGAAAAUAUAUGUCGUGUGUUAAUUAAUUCCUCUCAGUCAGUGUUCUCACAUUUUAGUAUGUCUUAGUUUUAUGCACAGAAAAGUAUCAUUUGCUAGUUUAAGACAUGUUGUACCGCGGUGUGUUUGUAAAGUUUUCGUGUGUCCAGUGAGGUCUGAGCCAGACCUGAGUAGCACCACUGUGUUAAGUCACCCGUGUGACCAGUGUGUUUGACAGCUGAUUACUCAGCCCUGAGCAUUCAUAUGAGCCCUCUUGUACAGAAAGCUUUUAUGCUCGUCGCUCGUGAUGUUCUGCAGAAUCGUACCUGCUACGAUUCCCAUCGAGAUUUGUUUCACUUCACCUCCAGACUGUCAGAGUGCAGUUAUAUGUAGAGAAACAAGUCUGGGGGCGCUUAGACUAACCUCUGCUAUAACUCCAACUGUCGAGAGAAUGACACACUGUGUCAGCCUCGUGUCACAAGCUUCAGAGAGCAGCCUGCACAAAGAUGAUGUCACUUUGACUGCUAGCUCUCUCACUGCAGUCUGGUGUAUGAUGUUAUGACUCCCAGAUGUUUCGCCCAGUCGUCUCUGCCACGACUCGCUCCACAACUCGCUCCACACUCGCCGGCAGUGACAGCCCAGCGACAGUACCAGUCGAGAAGUGUCCUCCUGAGUCGCUUGCCAGAAGUCCUGCCCAGUUGCCGAGUUUUGUCGACGCCUCACUCGAGGGCACCAGCAUGUCGUGCCCCAGGUUGAGUGAAAACCUGCAGCGACUCCUACGAUGUCUGCUUCACCGUUCCAGAGGAGACCGUAACCUGUUACGUCACAGCUCAGCCACAGCGAUGUCUCCUGUGUUGCAGUAUAUGUCCAGACGCAGAAAGGCGUGCAGUGAUGCCCUUCGACGCUCACUGCCUAUGACCACGAUGUUUAGCACACCCCACAUGUUUUUUUCUUCCCUCCCUGUAGGAAGUUUUUUUUGCAUGUCCAUAUGUAUAUAUAUGUUUUUAUUUUGUGUUCUGUGCCCUGUUCCUACUAGAGAGAGACCGAGUUUCUUUUACUACCAGUAUUGUCGCGUUGGGACGAUGCGCGGUAGGUGGCCGAGCGUAUGUAGACAGCCUGUACUGUCUGCACAGACAGCCCAUGCUGUCUGCCAGCUUAGUUCAUAUUUCACGCCACUCAGUUGCUGCCCUCUGUAGCCAGGCCUCGCGGCAGGCACGCCAGCCUGCCGGCCCAUGCCUCCGCCUCACUCUCACAGCGGCCUAGCAGCAAGACACAAGGCCUCCCAGCUCUCUCUCGUGGGAUGGCCCUGCCCGGGCCAUGGGCUCAAACACACAAGCCUGUGUACCCACGACGACUUUACAAUAAACAAAGAAGCCUC